AUGUUGUCCAGCCUUACAGAUGUUAAAAUCUGGUCACCCUACUCUGAGAGGUCCCUCCACACGCAGUACACGUUGACCAGCAUGGCCCUGCCCGGGAGGGCUGGCUGGGCCGCGGGCAUUGGGCGCGUCGCCGGCCAGCUGGAGCUGGUCUCCGGGGCUGGCUCCACCGCUCCGCGCACCAAGGUGCCUUUCUCCGUUCACCCUUGGAGAGCAGUGCGGCAGUGGACAUGUGGGGGGGGGGUAUCCCGUUCAUCCGUGGAGAGCAGUGCGGAAGUGGACAGGUAUGAUUUUGUGGAAGUCGAAGACAUAUCUGAAACCAGUACUGUUAUUAGAGGAUGGUGGUGUGGACACAAGGAAGUUCUUCCAAGGAUCACAUCGAGAACAAACCAAAUUAAAAUAACAUUCAAGUCCGAUGACUACUUCGUGUCUAAACCUGGAUUCAAGAUUUAUUACUCUUUUGUGGAAGAUUUCCAGCCUGCAGCAGCCUCAGAGACCAACUGGGAAUCAGUCACAAGCUCUAUUUCAGGGGUAUCCUAUCACUCUCCAUCAGUAACGGAUCCCACUCUCACUGCGGAUGCUCUGGACAAAACGAUUGCAGAAUUUGAUACUGUGGAAGAUCUGCUCAAGCACUUCAAUCCAGAGUCAUGGCAAGAAGAUCUUGAGAAUUUGUAUUUGGACACUCCUCGUUAUCGAGGCAGGUCGUACCAUGACCAGAAGUCAAAAGUUGACCUGGACAGGCUCAAUGAGGAUGUCAGGCGUUACAGCUGCACUCCCAGGAAUUACUCAGUCAAUCUAAGAGAGGAGCUGAAGCUGACCAGUGUGGUCUUCUUUCCACGCUGCCUCCUUGUGCAGCGCUGUGGAGGGAAUUGUGGCUGUGGAACUGCCAACUGGAAGUCCUGCACGUGCAAUUCAGGGAAAACUGUGAAAAAGUAUCAUGAGGUGUUAAAGUUUGAGCCUGGCCAUUUCAGGAGGAGGGGCAGAGCAAAGACCAUGGCUCUCGUUGACAUCCAGUUGGAUCACCAUGAGCGGUGCAACUGUAUCUGCAGCUCAAGACCACCUCGAUAAAAGAAUGUGCACAUUCUUACAUUAAGCUUGAAAGAAACUUUAGGUUAAGGAGGGUAUGGGUAAAGACCCAUUUUCCACCAGCAACCAAACUUACUACUAGCCUGCAAUGCAAUGAACACACUGGUUGCUGAGUUUCAACCUAGCUUUUAGUUCCAUGGCAAGUAGAAAGGUGUAUUGCAAACUUCUAUAUGCAAGAAUAUAGGAUUGCAUUUAAUAAUAGCAUCUGAGGAUAUUCUAUAUACACAGCACAGAUAUGUAUAUCCAUGUCUAUGUGUAAAUAGAUCAAAUGGUCUAUUCAGUACACAUAACCAGGUACACUAGAGCUUAGGUAUGGUUGAGUUCUUCAGACCCUUAAAGCCUUUUGACAAAUAAGAGACAGUCAAAUAUAUGAAGCAUGUCUUUAAAAUUUUCAGAAGAUGAAUGUGUUUAUUUUUUAAUUUUGAAUCACAAGAUAAUUUUGGAUAUUAUUCUCUUAAAGAAAUC